GGUGACUUGGCCACGGAGCACAGCGGACCUCAUUGAGAGCAGUUUCUGUUAGAGAGGCAGACUGAGAGCAACGUUACCGUACGUGGAUCCUGUGAGCAUCACCGGGAGAGCGCGCAGACAUUCACCGCAACGACGAAACUGAAAUAACGUGACUUGACUCGAAAUAUACCCUUUUUUAAAAGCGCAUCCUCUCGCUCAUUUUAUACGCUUUCUUUGUGUUAUAUUUUGUUGUUGUUGUACUGGCGGGGAACAGCGAGCGAGGAGGCUUCACUGCGGCUGAUCAAUUUCCUCUUCCAGACCUGGGAAUUACAAUGAAAAAUGUAGGUGACACGUUUUCUUUUACAACCCAGGAAUCACAAUAGGAUUCAAGCGAAGGCGGCAAAGAAAACGAAAGGGGGAAAAUGGUGACGGGUGCCGCAUCUAUAGGAUCAGCAUCCUCUCUGUGGAGCCCCUACGUAAAAGAAAUAACAGUGUGAAAACUGGUGACAAAGUGGAUGUGAACCUGUGAGAGAAAGACUUGAAGAAGCAGAGAGAAGGGCGGGAGCGACUCAGAUCUCAUCAGGACUGUCCCUGUACCUCGUGGAGGUUUCUUGAGGGAUUCUCUCAGCUGCUUUCAAAGCUGAGGCUCCUCAAUAACCAUUCCUACUAUUUCUACUCGUUUGAUGUUGUUGGGAUCUUCCCCGUCUCGUCUGUUGUUUUGUUCCAAGCAAGACCAAAACCAGGUGCCAAACUGACUGUGUCAAGAGAAGAAGCAAAAAAAAUCUAUGAAACUAUCUAUCACCAAAUCAUCAUAAGAAGAGUUUAUUUAGCCAUUCAGCCUUGAAAACCUGAUUUAUUAAAGCUUUAUUUCUCUCCCCCUCAGCACAUGAACACACUACAACACCUUGCAUCCCAUUAAAAUCAUAUUUAAUCUCAACACAUCCUAUGACAACAUAUUACUGAGAUAUUUUAGAAACAAACAGUUACGUAAAAGUUUAUAUCCAUUGUCUUCGGUCAGUGUUUGCUGCUCUUAACGCUAAAACUGCGAGAUUUUUCAUACUGGGAUGAUGAUCAGUGCAUUAUUGGCUCAAAGUGCUUUAUAAACAGAUCCUCCAGCUGAUGGGUUGUUUGUAGCUGGUAGCGUGGUACGCAGUGAUAAGUCCCCGCCACGCUCCUGCGACGUCUGAGCGUUUGAAGGCUUCAACUGGACGGGGUUUUUGACUGACAGGCAACAAAAGCCACGUCUAAACCCGAUAAAUAUAAGCACCACUACCACCGCCACCGCUGCUGCUGCUAUCUCAAAGGCUCUGAGAUAUACCGUCGUCUCAGUCUGCGCUGUGAAACACUGUCGACACUUUUCCUAUCUCCUUCUUCCAGUUGCUUAUAUGAGAGAGGCCUCUCACUCGUUGUCGUCUUCUGUUUUCUUCCACGUGGCGCUCAAUUACGCCACGCCGAACGAACGCCCCCUUUAUCCAAUCCCAGUGACCUCUUCAAACUUUUUUUGCAUUCUUCCUUUUAUUCUACUAAAACAUGCAAUUUAAAGCCUUUCACUGUAUUUACAUUUUUUGUGGAAGGAGAUCCAGCUUUUAAAAAAAAAAAUAAAUAAAAAAAACAUAACCUAAAGCCAUACUGAACACCAGCCAUAUGAAUACCUUUCCCAUUAACAAAACACCUCACAAUGUUUAAGUGAUCUUCAGUCACGGUGCACACACACACACACACACACACACACACACACACACACACACACACACAUUCAGGGAGUCAAUGAGGAAACUGUUCUUGAGAAGAAACUUCAUUCAUUUGGAUGAAAGAACAGAUUUGUAAGCUGUGACUUUUUUUUCUCUCCAGCUCGCACUCCGAACUCAGUCUGUGACCGGGGCAGCCUGCGGUGCCAAGCGUGGCAGUGAACGUGGCCGUGCCGAGUUCCCGUCGUCGUCCCCGUGUUCCUCUGUGUUGACGGAUGAAUCCGGACAUUUUCAUGUCUUUUCUGUGGGCAGAACCUCGCUGCCCUGCUAGAACCGGGCCCAAGCCUUCCUUCGUUCUCUUUUGCUGGGCCAAGCUAAAUUCAGAGCAAAGACACUCACACAAGGGUAUCGAACGCACAUAGAUCCUCACGUUUUGUUUUUUGUUUUGUUUUUUUGUUUUUGGCUUUUCUUUCUGUAAUUUUGUCACCAAUCUCUCACUAUUGAUCACUCUUUUGUGAAUGCCUUGACAUGCUCAUCUCGGUCCUCUAGUAGCUGCUGGAAGGAUUUGAUGCUGCUUAAUGCUGUCAUCUAGCCGUAACCUUUACAAGUCAAACUCAGUCCACAACUUCUAAAUUCACCAUUCUACUAUAAUUUAAACCAAAACUUAAAGCAUAUUGACCUUUACUAAUUCUCUUCCUCUAAAUCUCUUGAAAGGAAGAGCGUGAUUAUUGGGCAGAUUGUGUGUGAUGUAAAAGAAAUACAAAUUAAAGUCACAGCUUGUGCCAAAUUCAGACUGAGCUUCACCAAACAAAGCUGAGAUCUCUAAAGCUGCCAGCAGUGUUGUUUACACACACACACACACACACACACACACACAGCUUGAAUAUUUGAUUUGAUUUCAGAAACAUUAUUUUUCCAUGCAUGAUUUUACACAACAGUUAGUCACAUAGGACAACAGAAGUGCCAAACUCCAACAAGAAUUCUUCCAACAUCUGUUAAAGCUCAUCAAACGUGAAAAACAAAGUUUACAUACAGCGCUAAAUGUUUACAGACUCCAUUUCUCCAUCACGGUUUCUUAUGUGAAUUGUAACUUUCGUGUGCCAUAAACAACUCCCAGAAAACUCUUUAGGAGGAGAUAUAAGACUCUUUUUUUGGAGGGGUCAUUAUAUUAAGAGUUUACAGUUUCCUCACACUCAUUUUGUUUACAGAAAUCUUAAAUUACUGCCUAUUUUGAAGAUUUUGAAUUUUGGCCAAUAGACUGUAAAAUAAAUAAAAUACUACAGACCAAAAUAAUAAUAAAUAUCUGACACCUGCUGCCAUAAAACAAACCCAUAUUAUCCUGUACUGAUAAUUGGUGCAGGUUUUAAUUUAAAUUGAUUAGUUCAGAUCUAUAGCCAUUUUGCAGGCAGUUCAUAUAGGGCCUAAAAACUCUGAAAGACCUCAUUGUUUACAAAAGCUGCUCAAAGGAAAGAUUUCUAUACAGAAAGAAAUGUUUACAUUAAGAUAAGAGAGUGAAAUGCCAAACACGUUCAUGUAACAUCGCUUGAACCAAGUGAAUCUGCUAAACUCCAAGAGAAACCCUUCGCACCUGUGCAGUGUGUACAUAACAAGAAGGUGUUAGUUCAUCAGACUGGAGUUAAAACUUUUCAUACAGAGGGUUUUUAUAAGUGAAGAAGCCGCCAUCUUGGAAGAGGACACUGAUAAUUCAAAUUCUGAGCUGUUUUCUGUGAUUUUUUUUUUAACAUCGGCUCAAGAACUUUGUGAUAAAACAAUGAGACCAACAAUUUCAAGAGGGAUGUUUUGCUCGUCCCUCGUUGUCCUGCUUUUCUGCUGCCUCGCUGUCUCCACGGUAACCAUCACCACAGAAGAUGUUGAUGGUGAUGUCAGGACUCUGACCAGCAGCGGUGGCUCCGCUGCAUCUGGUAAAAAGAGCACCACCAUGUUCCUCCUUACCGGCUACAAGCCGCCGCUGCCCGCUGGACCCAAGGUGGGGCCAAAAGUGGCCGAGGUGGAGGACGGGGAUAUUCCUCCAGUGAUGGCCGAACUCCCCCCGAAGCCCCUCCCUCAGACCAUGUUGCCAAGGAACAUGACGGCCGACGCCCUGAAGCCUCCGCUCGGAGCAGCCCAGGUGGCUCCACCUCCAAGACAGCUGGUGGAUGUGGACGUGUGCAGGGGAUACUUCGACGUCAUGGGGCACUUUGACAGCACGUUCAACUGCUCCAAGGGCAGCUACAUCUACUGUUGCGGUACCUGCCACUACCGGUUCUGCUGCGAGCACCAGAGGAACCGGCUGAACCAGGACUCUUGCACCAACUACAAGUCCCCCGUCUGGGCCGAUCCACAGGUCACCGUCACCGUGCCCGCGGUCAACAAGCCUGACCCAGACUUCGAGACACUCCAGCAGCAGAGCAGCAGCACGGCCUAUGUGAUCGGAGGGGUGAUCUCCUUCACGCUGGUGGUGGCUGUGGGUGUCAGGAUCGCCUUCAGCAAGGUGGCGCGUCGACCCCGGAACAGAGACAUCAACAUGCCCAGAUCACUGGUGGAUAUCCUGCGUCACCAGUCGAGCCCUGUGCAGCAGGGAGAGAGGAACAACACCACAGUGUUGACCACAACCACCUCAGACGGACGCACAUCCAAAAACCUCUACACCCCCAUCCUGCAGAGCAAAGACAACCGCAAGCGUGGAUCCCGUAUGAACAACACCCCCCAGCUCUCCUCUGGUCCCACCCUGCUUUCAGGUAGCGGUAAAGGUCCCGGCAGCGUUGGCGUCGGCGGUGGCAGCAUUAUCGGAGGCGGCAUGAGACACAACAGCAGUCACCCGUCCUUCUCCCACUCCUUCCACAACCUGGCCCAGCUGCCGCCGUCCUAUGAGGCCACCAUGAAACCUGAGAUCAGCCGCUACAGCUCCCUGAAGAGACUGGAGAAAGAGCUCGAUGAGUACUCCAGCUACCACAACUCCAAACGUCGCUCCAACAACGCUCCACCAUCCUUCCACUCGUCACAGCACCACCUUCCCUGGGGGGGCGACUACACGCUGGGCUCCAGGGGCACGCUGCCCCUCAACGGCUCCCGGCCUCGUCUCCACAUCCCUGCCUCCACCCCGAACCCAUACCCGCUGCCUGCCCAGACGCCGUACACCAGCUCAUCCUUCGACAGACCGCCGCGCCGCGUCCGCUCCCAGGACCAGCUGCUGGCACUCGGGGAGGGCAACACGCUGUCCCGCCUGUCCAAGAACCAGCAACACCAGUACUACAAAGCCAUGAUGAGCACCAGCAGGAGCUCCACCUCGCAGACGCUCCGCAGGUCCCACGAGAGGCUACUGGUCUCACCUGACCGCCUGGAGGACCGGCUAAUGGCGAUGGGGCUGAUGAUGGGAGGAGGUGACAGAGGCGGAGGAAGCGGGAUGGUGCCCACCAUGGGCCGACUCAGCCACCACCAGAAGGCCCAGUCACAGCAGAACAUCUGCGUCACGCCGUCCAUGGACCGCCACCACAUGAUCAAGAUGAACUCCCACCCGACAUCAGGCCACGACCACGACCGCAGCUCCGCCGCCAUGCCCGGCAUGGGCAUGCACGGCGGCUGGGACCCACAUGGGGGCCAUGGCGGAGGCGGAGCGGGGACGGGCCACCCCAACGCACGACGGAUGGCGUUCGCCAGCAAGAGGCAGAACACCAUCGAACAGCUGCACUUCAUCCCCGGAGGAGGAGGAGGGCAGGGACUGCGGACUGGGAGUAAGAACGAGGUGACAGUGUGAGGGAAGGUGGGAGAGAGGAAGAGAAAGAGUGAGGGAAGAGAGGUGAGGGCUGAAGUUGUAAAGACGCUGAUUACAAGAUGAAGGAUGGAAAGCAGUGAGGCGUUUAGUGGGAGGAUGAAGUGGAGAUGAGCAGAGAGAGGCGAGGUUUGAUCUCAGCUGGCCACCUCACAGGGCUGCACUCUGUCCUGAGGACGAGCAGCAAACAGCCCCCCCUCCCCUUCAUAAAACAAAAAAUGGUGGACGACAACAUUAUCUCAUAGUGAGUAGAGCCAAUUGAUUUUCUCCUUAUCACUUUGUUUGUUGAAGAAGAGAAUAUUCAGUCAUUCUUUGUAAAGGGAAGACAGAAACGUCCACUUGAAAAGAGCAAAAAAUAUGGUACGAGUGCAGUUUGAAGGCUGCUGGUAUUCGCUGUGACUUUUAUUGAAGGAUACCUGCUGAGUCGAAUUCAUUGACUUGUCCUUGAGUUUUAUUGCACUGUCCUCUGAGUCCUCGAGUGCUCUGACAGAGAUCCACCUGUCUUUGAAUCCACUGUGGAUGACAGAGAGCGCCGAGGCAGAGACAGACGGGUUUGCUUGUCUUUCUAUUUAUACAAGUAUUUAAAACCAAACAAGUUUCUUUUGUAUGAAAUUAACCUGAUAAUAAUAUUAAUAAUAGUAUUAACAUUACUGAGCCCUGUAGGACUUUGUGUAUACUUGAACGUAUUUAUCCUUAAGCCAGACGGUUUGUAAUUUACAGGCUGGAUAUGAUUGGACUAUCAUGAAAGUGAAACUGCUAAAAUAUUCCAGCCGAGUACAGUUAGCUGUCACUUGAUUGCUUUAUGGCUUGAUUCACUCUAGUUUCAAAUAAAACAAACGCCAUUUUUGGAGAAAAACUGUACUUGCGUCAAUGCAAACUGCUGCCAUACAGGCCCCGUCACACCAGCAUUUAAACGGUUAAACUUUUGUGGCAAAAUGAAUUCAUUUCAGUAAGAUCACUAGGUUUGGCUUCAGGGGUGAAAUUAGUAUAAAUUAUUUUACUUUCAAGUUUAACUUUGGUGAACUGUGAAGUGAAUUUGACAAAUAAACUGUCUGUCACUGCUGAGUGGAUGGAGAGCCAGAGAGUCUAAAAUGGAGUAAGCACCCCUCACUUUUAUUUUACCUUGUCUGUUGGAGCGUAAACAUCUCCACAAAACAGACGUAUUUUUUUAGAUACUUAUAAGACAGAAGUUUACGAUACAAAUACGUCUUCUGAACUAGUAGAAUUUGUGAAAUUUUCGCGACUGAGCUAAGAAACUAACUGCUAACUGUCAGUUUGAAAUCCUGUUAGCUUGUUAAGCUGUCUUUUUCCUCUGCAGUAAAUCUUGAUGUAUAAUACUAAACUAAUACUAAACAGAGGUUGUAACUGACUAAUGCUGUGACCCAGCUGGUGAACAUUUUUGUGGUGAGCUCACCAGCUACAGCUACAGUAGUUCAACAACUAACCCCAAGCUUUUUAAAUCCAAAUAUUCUUUCUUCCUGGUGUGACUGGGCCUUAAAAUCCACUAACAUCCACCCUGCAGUCUGAUUCUAGCUAACUUUAAGCCUUUGUACAGUGAACUCUAGUGGGUGUUUAUCAUCUAUGAAACAUUGUGCUGUGACCCUUUGCGUUAUAAUUAGUCCAUUUUUUUUUGAAAUUAGAAGAUUCAACCUUGCUCAGACAUUUUGAUAUGGCCCCCAGCAAAGCAAACAUCCCUCAAACAGUGUUUUAAACUUUUCAUCGUGAGUUCGUAGAGAGUCGUCGGUUACUACUUUCCGCGACUGAUUUGCUACCAAGCAAAUGCUCCCGUACGUCGACAACGCCACAUGUUACCUGCGAGUUCAGCUGCUCACCUCAUAUGAAGGGAGGGGGUGGGGGGUAGACGGGGUUCAAGGCCGGGGACAAUGGACACUUCACACCAAGGGCUAUACCGAAUUAUCUUUGUGUGUCUGUGCUCUGUACAGCGUUUGCUUCACAUUUUCAUUACUUCUGCGUGUCAGUGUCAGGAGGCAUGCUUGUGCACAUGUUCACCAACUUUUUUUUUUUUUCUUAAAUAGAAAGAAAAUAUAAACAUGCAAGGAAAUUCAAAGCAAAGGAACUUUUGUGGAACAUGUAAAAACACACCUGAUAGCAUUGUCGCGGGAGAAGUGGUGGCCAUAAUGAUGUCAUAUUUUGUACAUUUUUUUAGUUUUUCUGGCUGUGAGAUGGACCUUCCAGCCGUUUAGGCUGGAUUUACCCUCGAGUCGUGAGGCCUCCUUCGAGGUUUUCAGCUUCCCCUCUGAGUUGUAUUUUGACAAAGACAGACAUGAUUGGUGCCAGCCAUUUUAGUCUUUUAAUAUGAUACAUGUUGCUCACGUGUUAAUGGUUUAUGAUCAUUAUGUGUAAGGAUUCCCCCUCGAUCAGACGAUGAACGCUCUUAUCAUGAUUGUUAUUUUUAUUUAUUUACUUAUUUUUUGUCUAAACAUGUAUUUAUUUUUUUAAUCUCUGUGAAUUUUAAUGUAUAAUCCUGGAUUUUCAAUAUUCAAACUUUAUAGUGGAAUUUAAAAAAAAAAACUAAAAAAAGAAAAACAUUUGUAUUCUCGACAACAAAAAGAGAUGAUGCAAUCAAAGAGAAAAGACGAACCGCAUGACGAUGUCAGAAGCCAGUGUUGAUGAUGUCAUAGUGCUGACUUAUGAUGUCAUGGUGUGUAUGUGUGUAAAUGUACAUGCGUCUGUUUUAAUUUGUGUGCCCGUGUGCGUAACUCUCUCAGUGUCUUCUUCUUCUUAGGAAUGCUGAACCUCAUUUUUUUUUUUAACCAAACUCGGGUUUAGUCUUCGGCCCCACGAAGACGAUUUUCACAACCUCGAGUCUCGUUACGUGUUCAUAUCAACUUGUAAUGGAAUUUUAAAGGCCUGUCGUCAUUUAAUUAAAAAAAAAAGGGGGAACAUUGAUCAAUCACAGCUUUUCUUGUUGAGCUACGUUCACCAAAGCGAGGACUUUUUCAAAUGUUUGAAAAUGUAAAUUACUGAAGGCUUAUAUUGUGUCAAGUUUUGGUAUUUGAAUAGAAGCGGAACAGCUGAGCGUGUUGAUUAGCACUCGGCUGAUGAGCUUGUGUCGCUGCUGUUUGACUUAAAUAUGUAUCCGCAAAAGUGAUCUGUUUUUUUCUAAGCAACUUUCUCAUCCGCGCUUUAAAAACUUUCAAGGUACAACAGUGACUCGACGUACAGUGUUAACAGCUUUUUAAAGUUGCGAUACAUGUGAAGGGGAAAAACAAAUUUGCGUUCAAGUGUUUUUUUUAGCGACAGCAUUUGUUGCUUCAGCGGCUUGUGGAGGAGAAUGUAUUGUGACGGACUAGAAAAGAAGGUUUUUACAAUGAAAACAUGUCAAAUACUUUUAAAACAGAAAGAGGCAAAAAAAAACACAGGAGGGGAAAUAUAAACGACAAAUGAACAUUCAGUUGUAUUUUUAAUGUCUCUCUCAUUUCUUCUCAUACCUUCAAAGGUCUGAUACAGAUGUUGUAAUCCAUGUUCGGUUAAUUGCUCCCCCUGAUAAAACUGUGUGCCUGUAUGUUUGAGGCUGUGUGUAUACAAGUGUGCGUGUAUGUGUGUGUGCGUGUUACCCACCUGGGGGGAGGCAUGGGCAUAUUUGUAUUCUCAAAGCUACUCUGCAUACCUCAAAUUGUAUGAUACAUUUAUUUAUUACAUCCCCUUCUAUGUCUAUUUCCAAGAAUAUUCAAACAAAGGUCUCACAGAUGUGCAACCCUUUUGUUAUUGGUGAUCAAUUCUUGCGUUUGUAGAAAUCAUACUGUUUAAUUGAUAAUAACAAUAAAAAAAAAAUCCCACUA